AUGAUGUGUGGGGCGCCUUCCACCACGCAGAGGGCCAUGGCUCAGACGCAAGACCUCGCAGACUCGGUGAGGACCCAGCUUGAAGAGAAGGAAAACCGGAAGUACUCAGUUUUCAAGGCCGUGUCUUUCAAGUGCCAGCUGAUGGCGGGGACCAACUACUUCAUCAAGGUGGACACUGGGGAUGAGAACUUCUUGCAUUUGCGGGUGUUCAAGAGCCUCCCGCAUGAGAACAAGCCCCUAGAGCUGGCCGCCUGCAGGACCAACAAGUCCAGGAAUGACCAGCUGGCCUACUUCUAG